UAAACCAACCUUGGGAACCACUGCUCAGAACGGAGGCCGCCUCACCGUAUCGCCGUCGUCCGUAUGGCGUAAUGUCGGGCACUGCUAAGUACCCCAGCCAACCAACUGUACAAAGAGAACACAAGCUUGUCAUGGUGGAACUGGACAACGCCGACAAGACGACCAUUCUGUACCAGUUUCUGAUGAACGAGGUGGUUCACACGAGCGAUCGGAUCGAACGUGGAACGUACCUUUUCGCAGUUUACCAGAUGACCAGUGGCCACUUCGUAAACCGCUUACCGGUGACGGGUGUCCAUUUGCCUCGUUUCUCAUUUGCCGUGCCGAAUAACGUUUUCGUAACGUGCACCACGCAGCUGUCAAAAGUUCAUAGUCACAACUGGUUGUUUGUUCUUUUAACGCGCCUCGCAGAUCGUGUGGAAGAAUAUCCACUUUUUGGUGUUUGUAACCAAUAGAUUGUAAAGCAAU